AUGGAGCCCACAGCUCAGACCCAGCAAGAGGCAUCUACCCCUUCCAUCACGGAGACAGCAGAAGACCUUGCCUUGAAGUUAAAUGCUGCUGUGAGGGACAGUAACAUAAAUGAUGUGCUGGAGCUGCUGGAGAAAGGAGCAGAUGUGAACUCCAAAGCAGAAAGUGGUUGGACACCACUGCAGAGCGCCGUGCAAGCUAAUAAUGAGGACCUGGUCCGGCUUCUGCUGGAGAAGGGUGCUUGUCCACAUGCCAGGAAGGACAACGGUGGCACUGCAUUUACUGAGGCAGCAAUAGUGGGAAACGUGAAUAUACUGGAGCUCCUCCUUGAUCAGGGAUUAAAUAUUAAUGACCACGAUGACAACGGCUUCACAGCUUUUAUGGAGGCUGCGUGGUAUGGGAAGGAGGAAGCCUUGAAAUUCCUGUAUAGCAAAGGAGCAAACGUGAAUUUGAGGAGGGCAGUUAGCGAGGAGAAAGCGAAACUGCAUAAAGGAGGUGCGACAGCACUAAUGGAUGCUUGUAGGGGGGGCCACUUCUCGGUUGUAAAAACUCUUGUCCAAGAGAUGGGGGCUGAUGUGAACAUUUGUGACAACAAAGUCUUGAUCCAUGCCCUCCAGAAGGGCUGUGCCAGGGAAAAAUACCAGUCGGUUGUCUCCAUAGGCCAUUUUCUGCUGGACUGCGGUGUUGAUGUGAACAGCAAAGAUGAAUGUGGGAAAACUGCCCUCAUCCUAGCUGUUGAAAUGCAGAGCCUGGAUCUGGUGAAAGCUUUACUGGAGAAGGGGGAAAUAGAUAUUGAUGAUGCGGAUGAGGAGGGCAGCACAGCACUGAUGGUGGCUGUAGAGAAAAAGGAUUACAAUAUAGCAGAGGAGUUGUGUAAAAAUAAAGCAAGGACUGAUAUUGGGAACCUUAUCGCUGUUGCAAAUAGGAAUCGUGCUCAUGACAUGGCACGUCUUCUUCGCCAGUAUAACGCCAGGUUUGUUCCAGAAACCUUCACAGAAUGGGAGCCAAACAGCAAACGCUGGAGGGAUCAGCUGAAAUCUCUUUAUAAAAUAUAUCGCCCUAUGAUUGGCAAACUGAAGACAUUUCAAUACAUCCAGCAGAGAAUUCAGAACACUUCCCAAGGUGGCAUCUACCUGGGGCUCUAUGGCGGGACAGAGGUAGCAGUAAGAAUAAGCCGCAGUACGGAGGGUGACAAAGAGAAAAGGUUCUUCGAACAAUGUGGUAACUGUGAACAUCUACUGAAGCUCUUCCAGUUUGUGAAGGCAAAAGGCUACAUGUAUUUGUGUUUUCCCCUCUGGGAGAAAAACCUUGAAGAAUAUCUGCAGGAACGAGGAGACCAGAUGGACUACAAAGAUGCCCUGAGGAUGAUCUUCCAGGCAGUGAGAGAGCUGCACUCCCUCAGCUUUGCUCACCAGGAUCUGCAACCCAGCAACUUUUUCAUAGAUUUAGGUGGCAAAAUUUACUUGGCGGACUUUGAUAAUAAAAGAAAGUUGAUUGAAGGCAAAAAAGAGCUUGUAAACUCAGAUUUAGAGGCUCUCGGCAGGCUCGUGCUGUACGUUUUAACAGGGGGUAGGAAACCCCUUCAGCAAGUCCGUACUGAGGAUUUGGCUGCUGAUUCCCCAGAUUACAAGGAGGCUCUGGACCUUGUUAGUUGCCUGGCCUCUCAUGAUGAACGAGGCUUGGAAGGUUUGAGCAACCAUCCCUAUUUCUGGAGCAAACAGACCAGGUUCAAAUUCCUGAAGAGCGUAUGGAAUAAAAUCAAAGAUCUCCGCAACCGAAAAGCUGUCUUUCAAGCCUCUAAUGCUACUGAAAGUUUUCCUUACCCGUCGUGGACCGAGAAGAUUGACAAAGAAGUUCUGAGUAUCAUGGAAAAUCCUAGGAAACGAAAACCAUUGGAAUACAGCAACGACAUCACUGACCUACUGAGGCUCAUCAGAAACCUGGAUGAACACCCAGAUACCAGAAUCAGCAACAAAGUCGGAGACCACGCUGAGUAUUUCUUGAAGCUUUUUCCAGCACUUACCAUUUAUGUCUACAACAGUUUACGCCAGAAUCCCAAAUACAGUCACUUUGCAGACAUUCAGGACUCUUCUCUGUAG